AUGGAUUUUCCAGACCCAGAAGAGCUUGAAUGGCUCGAAUCCCACCAUUCCAACUUCCAAGACGACGAUCUCGAUUACCAAUUGCCUCCUUCCCCGCAAUCAGAACCCGAACCACCGGAAUCGCCAGAACCAAUUGCUGAAAAGUCCAAUCCUGAACCAAUACCCAUCUCUGUGAAACCCACUUUAUCACUCCCACCGAAACCCUCCAUUUCUAAACCCCAAGGGAAUGCUAAAAAGCGUUUCCGGGUUGAUGCGGGUCCGGAAUUGAUCGACCCGAAAGAAUCGGGUUCUGCCGCCGAGGAGAAGAGGAGCAAGGUUGAGAACGGGGACAGCGAAAAUGGCGGAAAGAGGGAAAGUGGUGCUGAGGAUGGUGGUGAUGCUGCCGAGGAGGAUGAGGAAUGGCUGAGAUAUUCCCCACCAUUGGCGGGAAAUGGGGAUGCUGACGUGGAAAUGGCUGCUGAGGAGGAGGUACAAGAGAGGUAUUUGUCGAGGUACAUGUCAGAAAUCGACGGGGAUUGUGUGCCGGUGACGGGUUUGGAUGGGGAGAGGAUUUAUGCUAAGUUCUGUAGAGCGGAGAACGUGGAAAGUAUGAAGAAGUUGGAUCUGAGGGGUGAUUUUGAGGGUCUUUCUCGAGAACGGAUCAGAGACAUGAUGGAAAGAGUGGAGCAUCUUGAAUUCUCAAAGGCUUUGCAAGCCAGCACUGAAUGUGAAAAUGAUGUAAAUGCUUUAGCAGAACCUGUGGCUCAAGAGCAACUCUGGGUGGACAAAUAUGCCCCAAGCACAUUUAUGGAGCUUCUCAGUGACGAGCACACAAAUCGUGAGGUGUUACUCUGGUUAAAACAAUGGGAUUCAUGUGUUUUUGGAUCCGAAAUAAAGAGUACAGCAGAUGAUAUUCUGUCUGCUUUGAAACGGCAUUCUUCUGUUGUCCAACAUUCAAAGUCAUUCUCGAGGAAUUCUUUCGGAAAGCCGAGGGAGGGGAGAUGGAGCAAAGACAAUUUUAGAGAUAUCAACCAUCAGAAUCAGGAAAACAAGGGCUCAAAAGAUAUUCAGGAAUUGUGGGACAAAAAGCGUAAACAAUCUGGUCCACCCGAACAAAAGAUUCUCUUACUUUGUGGUCCUCCUGGAUUGGGGAAAACUACCCUGGCACAUGUAGCUGCUAGGCAUUGUGGAUAUCGGGUAGUGGAGAUAAAUGCUAGUGAUGAUAGAUCCUCAUCAACAGUAGAAGCCAAAAUUCUUGAUGCUGUUCAGAUGAAUUCUGUCGUAGCGGAUUCAAAGCCAAAGUGUUUGGUAAUUGACGAAAUUGAUGGGGCUCUUGGUGAGGGCAAGGGUGCAGUUGAAGUCAUCUUGAAGAUGGUGGCUGCCGACAGAAAAGCUGAUUUUGGAAAAGAAAAUGAACCACAGGAUGAAGGGAAACUUUCCAAGAAAAAGCAAAAGAAAACUUCCUUAUUGAGACCUGUAAUUUGUAUUUGUAAUGAUCUGUAUGCACCUGCAUUGAGGCAGUUACGCCAGGUUGCCAAGGUUCAUGUAUUUGUUCAGCCAACAGUAAGUAGAGUUGUAAACAGACUUAAGUACAUUUGUAACAAGGAAGGAGUCAAGACAACUUCCAUUUCUCUUACAGCGCUGGCAGAAUAUACUGAAUGCGACAUAAGGUCUUGCUUGAACACUCUUCAGUUCCUCAACAAGAAGAAGCAGACCCUUAAUACGUUAGAGAUCAGUUCACAAGUGGUUGGGCGAAAGGACAAAUCGAAAAGUGCUCUAGAAAUAUGGAAAGAGGUUUUCCAAAAGAGAAGAGAGAAGCGGGAAAGAAAAUCCAUUAAUGCAUUCAAUAACAAGUUGAAUGAGUUUGACUUCCUGCACUCUUUGAUAUCUAAUCGUGGUGACUAUGAUUUGAUCUUGGAUGGGAUUUAUGAAAACUUCUUACAACUUCAAUAUUAUGAUCCUAUGAUGCACAAGACUGUCACAUGCUUGGACAAUCUUGAGAUUUCUAAUAUAUUUCACAAAUAUAUUAUGCGCACACAACAGAUGUCCCUUCAAGUUUAUCAACCUCAGGUUGCAGUAGCAAUACAUGGGUUAAUAGCUCAAGUCGAUAGACCCAAUAUAGAAUGGCCAAAAUCUUUCCAAAGAUACCGAACUUCAGCUUUAGAAAAGUUGGAUGUACUACGUUGCUGGCAGAACAGAAUAUCCCCACAUAUUUCAAGGCAUUUGUCGCCAAAAUACUUCACAGAAGAGUUGAUAUCUCCAUUACUGCACAUCCUUUCUCCACCUACCUUAAAGCCGGUGGCAAUGCACCUCCUCUCAGAGAAAGAUAAGAGGGAAUUCGCCAAUUUGGUUGAGUUGAUGGUAUCCUAUGCCGUAUCUUACAAGAACUUAAAACCUAGUUCAUUGCCUGGAUCCCUGAAACAUGAAGAAGUUAUUGAUGCCGCAUUGCUUUCAUUUGAUCCUCCACUUGCGGACUUCAUAAAAUUCAAGGGUUAUGAUGGCUGUCACUUUGUUUUGGCUUCAGCUGUGAAGCAGGUCCUGGUGCAUGAGGUGGAAAAGCACAAGAUUCUACAGGCCAGCACUAAUAGAUCCACAGACUUAGAAAUCUCUACCUACAAUAACCAUCUGCCAGAAAAAGAGAACCUUAGUUCACAACUUACCAGAUCCUGCCGGUCAACUGCCUCAACUGACAAGCAGAUAAAUGCCAAAACUUUGACACCAAGGCAGGAAACAGUAUCUACCUUGAAGACCUUAACUACACAACCAGGUGGCGAAUCCACAUCAAGUGCAAAAGCGAACUCUUCUGAAAAGAAGAAGAAGCUGUCUAGUUCCUUUAAUUUCUUUGACAGGUUUAGAAAAAGCAAAAGUAAGGUUUCUCAAGAUGCAGAACCUGAUGCAUCAUGCCCAGGAAAGACAGAGAAAUCUUUGCAUCCUGUUUUAUUCAAGUUCAAUGAGGGAUUCACCAAUGCUGUAAAGAGACCUGUUAGAAUUCGCGAAUUUCUCAUGUGA